CUCUCUCGUCCUAAACGUUUCAAAACCGACACGCGCAUAUCCGUCCGGCUUAACCAAUACACUCUCUUCUCCAACAACUCUCAACCGAGUAACAACUAUUUUCACAUCUCUACCGAAUUCACCGUUCCGCGGCUUCCCAACGCUAGAAAAAUUACGAAUAAAUCGAACUCUUGUGAAAUGUAGUUCGCAAAGCGUGUUGCGUAUUAUUAAAAAAAGUAAAGACCACAUUUUUGGCGCCCCUAAAGACUGAAAGCUUGAGAUCUCGUUACACCCCAUUUAGGUGUCGUUUAGUGGAUCUGUGGUGCUUGGAAAAACAUCAUUUAGAAAAAAAUGAAUUUCGAAUAAAGCCAUUCGUCAUAUAAAACAAUUUCCAGCCGAUUACGACACCGAGGAGCUUCGGCUUCGGCUUCAGAGACUAGACGAUUCCGAAUCCUGCCGACGAUUCCGAAAUGUUCGGAGUCUUGCCAUCUGCACUCAUCACUACUCCGAACGAUAGAAAAUAAAUGUCGGCUCUGCGCCAUAUAGUCGAAUUUUGUCCAUUGGGAAUUGCCUCUCUCUUCUCCCACUCGCACCUAAACACUUCCACGAACGAGCCGAAACGUCAAACGACGUGGUGUGCUAGCCUCCCUUGAACUUGAUGCAAUUUUUCGUCCUCCUGCGCUCACCAUUGGAAAUGCGAGAGCAUUGCGGCCGAUUGUAAUCAAAAAGUGUGUUUUUAUAAGUUGUGUUUCCCUUCAAAGUGUUGUGUUUUGCAGACGGUACUCUGAACAGAGACGAUGGUGACCGAGACGAUCAAGGAAGAGCCGGUUGGUGCCGGUGCGGAAGCGACAUCGAAGAAGGCCGCGAAAAAGGCAGCCAAAGAUGCGGAGAAGGCGGCAAAGAAAGCGGAACAUAAGGCAGCGGCAGCGGCUGCCGCAGGUACGGGGGGAGCGGUCGCUGACGACACCGGUGCCGACGGUGUCGACCAAUCGGCAGGCCGGUAUGGUACGAUGCCGAUGAUACAGAGUGCCGAAAAGCGUGCCGAGCGAGUGUUUGUCAACGUGUUCGAUCUGUCCCACUGCCAGAAGGAUGCGCUGGUGUGGGUACGGGGCCGGGUGCACACGUCCCGCUGCAAGGGCAAACAGUGCUUCCUGGUGCUGCGCCAGCAGAGCAGCACCGUGCAGUGCCUGCUGGCCGUGAACGAGCAGGUGUCGAAGCAGAUGGUCAAGUUCUCCGGCAGCAUACCGCGCGAAAGCAUCAUCGAUCUGAAGGCGAAGGUGGUGCCGGUGGAGCAGCGGAUCGAAUCGUGCACCGAGCAGACGCUCGAGCUGCACGUGCUGGAGCUGUUCCUGCUGUCGGCGGCCAAGGCGCAGCUGCCGCUACAGAUCGAGGACGCGUCGCGGCCGGAAAAGUCGGACGAUCCGGAAGCGCUCAAGAUUCGCGUCAACCAGGACACGCGGCUGGACAAUCGCGUGCUGGAUCUGCGCACACCGGCCAACCAGGCCAUCUUCCGGCUGGAGGCGGGCGUCUGCAAGCUGUUCCGCGACGUGCUGACGGCGAAGGGGUUCACCGAAAUACACACGCCGAAGAUCAUUUCGGCGGCCAGCGAGGGAGGCGCGAACGUGUUUACGGUUAGCUAUUUUAAAGAUUCCGCUUACUUGGCCCAGUCGCCACAGCUAUACAAACAGAUGGCGAUCGCUGCCGACUUCGACAAGGUGUUUACGGUGGGGGCCGUGUUCCGGGCGGAAGAUUCCAACACUCACCGGCACUUGACCGAGUUCGUCGGGCUAGAUCUGGAGAUGGCGUUCAAGUACCACUACCACGAAGUGCUCGACACGAUCGGCAACACGUUCACGGAAAUGUUUAAAGGAUUACGCGACCACUACGCGAAAGAGAUUGCCGCCGUCGGGCAGCAGUACAAUGUGGAACCGUUCAAGUUCCUGGAGCCGCCGCUGAAGCUCGAGUUCGCGCAGGCCGUCGCGAUGCUGCGCGAGGCGGGCGUGCAGAUGGACGACGAGGAGGACCUGUCCACGCCGAGCGAGAAGCUGCUCGGCCGGCUGGUGAAGGCCAAGUACGACACCGACUUCUACAUCCUGGACAAGUUCCCGCUGGCGGUGCGCCCGUUCUACACGAUGCCGGAUCCGGCGAACGCGAAGUACUCCAACUCGUACGACAUGUUUAUGCGCGGGGAGGAAAUACUGUCCGGCGCGCAGCGAAUACACGAUCCCGAGUAUCUGAUCGAGCGGGCCAAGCUGCACGGUAUCGAUCUGUCGAAGAUUGCCGCGUACAUCGACGCAUUCCGGUACGGGUGUCCGCCGCACGCCGGCGGCGGCAUCGGCAUGGAGCGGGUCGUGAUGCUCUACCUCGGGCUGGACAACAUCCGCAAAACGUCCAUGUUCCCGCGCGACCCGAAACGAUUAACACCCUAAGGUGGUGGUGGUUAGUCGUCGUCGUCGUCGACAAAAGCGCACACAUUCGGCAGUGCAAAGAGAAUUGGAAAGCCCCGUUUGCUGUUACUUAAAAGACAGACACAAAAAAACGCGCCCGAGGGUGGAUUGGCUUGGAUAAGAAUAUCGAAAACGACUGAUUGGCAAAACACGCAAACAAUGCAACCACGAAUGCUAAGGAAUAAAAAAAGGAACAGGAGGCAAUAAACCUGCACCAAUAACUUACACAGCCUUAAA